ACGUAAGAAAUGUCGCAUUUUGACAUAUAUCAUAAACAAAGCACCUGUAAGCAUAGUUUUUUCACACUUUGCGAACAAAUUCAAUCUAAAACCCAAUUAAAAAAGUAUAUAUGUCAACGAAAGUUUCAAUUUUUUAUAAAGAAUCUACUGCGUGAGGAACGUAUAUUCACAAAAUGUCUAGGAGUAGAAAGGUCUGCUCCAUCGGACCAUGGCUGCUGCUCAUUAUUUUUAUACUGGACAGAACUUUUGCUCUUCCGGUGGUGACUCAGAAAGCAACUACCGAGAAGAAUAAUGAACAAGACAAGGACAGCAACGUGGAACAGCUGGAGAAUGUAAUCGAAUACAACAAAUACCUCCAAGAAGUCGUCAAGGUUUUGGAAAGUGAUCCCGCCUUCAGAGAAAAGCUAGACAAAGCGGUUGAAAGUGAUAUUCGUUCCGGUAAAAUUGCCCAGGAGUUAGAGUACGUUAAUCACAACGUUCGUUCCCGACUGGACGAGCUGAAACGUGUUGAGCUUCAGCGAUUGCGAGAGCUGGCGACGAAGCAAUUUGAGCUGACCAAUGAGAUCGAUAGGGAACACAUGAAAAUUGCCGAACAUCUGGAUCACGAAAACCAGCACACAUUCGAGAUUGAAGAUUUGAAAAAACUUAUUCUAAAAACAUCCCAAGAUUUAUCGGAAAAUGAUCGCCGCCGCAGGGAAGAAUUCAAACAGUACGAACUGCAGAAGGAAUUUGAAAAACAGGAAGCAAUGAGGCAACUGGAUGAAGAACAUCGUAAGAAAUACGAGGAAGACUUGAAGAAGCAACAAGAGAAGCACAACAGUCACGAGAAACUUCAUCAUCCAGGUAACAAAGCACAGCUGGAAGAAGUUUGGGAAAAGCAAGAUCAUAUGGAGGGGCAAGACUUCGAUCCAAAAGCAUUUUUCAUGCUUCAUGAUCUUGACGGUAAUGGUUAUUGGGACGAAAAUGAGGUAAAAGUGCUGUUCAUCAAUGAGCUGAACAAGAUGUAUCAAGCGGGAGCUCCCGAGGAUGACAUGAAGGAGAGAGCCGAAGAAAUGGAACGCAUGCGUGAGCACGUGUUCAGCGAAGCAGAUGUAAAUAAGGAUGGCUUAAUUAGUUAUCAGGAGUUUCUAGAUCAAACCAAACGAGAUGAGUUCCAAAAAGAUCCUGGAUGGGAUACUGUAGACCAACAGCCCCAAUUUACUCACGAAGAGUAUUUGGAGUAUGAACGACGAAACCAGGAACAAAUUCAGCGGCUGAUUGCUGAAGGAAAGCUUCCGCCGCAUCCAAAUAUGCCCAACGGUUAUUAUCCAGGACCUAAUGCUGGAUAUCAAGUUCAUCCGAACGCAAUUCCUCAACAACAAUAUAAUGCACCACAAGCCCAUCCGAAUCAGGUUCCUGCAUACCACGGAGCUCAACAGCAAGGAUAUCCUCAACAGGUUAAUCUUCACCCUAACCAAGUUUACCAACACCACCAGGAUCCAAACUAUCCCCCACAAAAUCAGCAAACUGGACAACAGUCGAACGUUUAUCAAAAUGUUCCCCAACAGUAUCAACAACAGCAACAACCUCCAGCACAACAGUAUAAUCAUCAACCACAAUACCAGCAACAACAGCAGGUUCAGCACCCACCUGUGCAGCAAAAUGUUGUAAACAAUCAACCUCCACAAAAACAACCACCCCAACAGCAAAAACAGCAGCAACAACCUGCUCCCCAAAGUCAACAGCAGCAGCCGCCGCAACAACAUUAUAAUAUCCCAGGCAGUUCUACUGUUCAAUCCAAUGUACCACAACAGCAGCAGCAACAGCCAUCCGUACAGGCAGCCAAACACUAAAUAUGUUUUUCGAUGUAUACAAAUUGAUGCAACAAAAAAAUUUUUGCAGUACUGUCAAACAGUGAUAAAAGAUUUAUCAGCAGACUUCUAAUCUGUGUAAUGUGGUGUGGGAAUAAAAUGUAUAGCACCGAAACAUAACUUUGUAAAAAAAUCUAUUAAAUACUGCAUUUGAUUGACAUGCUUAGCAUUUGAAAUUUCGUAACUAAUCUUGAAACGACAAAAAAUAUGUAUGCCGACAUCUUUGACUUUUUCAAUUCAUGUAAAAAUAGACGAAUAUACAAGACUUUUGAGACUGGAAAAAAAUAUCUGAAAUUGAACAAAUCUGACUUUUUUGUGUACGAUUAGCGUUUAUUGUUUUUUAAAUAAAUUUCAAUUGCAAAA